CCACCUGGAGGAGGGAAGCGGCAGGUAGGUUGAUCACGUGACUCGCCACAGGUAGCAGCUCCUCUACAAAAACGACGUUCGGCCAUUGCUCCGCGAUGGUGGCUUUGGGAGGCUUCACGUAAAAACACCUCAUUGGAACCGCGCCGAAUAAGUCCCAAGGAUCCACGGAGCUCACCUUUUGCGCCCAGGUGUAAAAAAGUGUUCGUUCCUCUUUGGCUUGGAUUUGAGUUCCUUGAAGUGUUUCGAAUUUGGACUGUGCCUGAAUGACGGCGCAGGUAGACUACCUGGUGGUGCUGUGCGCCGCCACAUCUGGCGCCAGCGGGGAGCUGCUGGGCUCCGACGAGAAGGAGCUAGCGAGGCUCGUCUGGCAGCAGGUGGAUAUCAACAGCAAAAAGUUGGGCAAGGUAAACGAGCUUGUGAUCAAGCCUGAAGAGUGCGACCUGACGGAUGAUAAAAAAGAGGACGACGUAGUGGAGGAGCUCGUGGAAGAAGAAAAUGCAUCCGGAGCAGAUUGUGUCUUUACAGCAAAAAGCCUGGAGGCUGCAUUAAAUAUGUUCCAUCUCCAGCUGACGAACGAAGUGAACAGCGCAGGUGCGGGCACGUCUGUGUGUUUAUGUACCGACGGGCAGCUCCCCAUCCGUCAAGUGAUUCACCCUGAGGCUGCCAGCAAGAACAUCCUGGUCCCUGACUGUUUCUACUCCUUCUUUGACCUGCGUAAAGAGUUCAGAACGCACUUCGACUCUGACCUCAGUACUUUAGAUCUACACACCAUGGUGGAGUCUUUAAGCAUACCUGUAGAACAGCCUGCUAUGUGCGACUCCAUGGGUUUACCGGAUCCAUCAGCCAUGCUGCCCCCAGAAGUAGCAGUGCAGCAGGUCCAGAUGAUGGCCAAAAUAGUACUCAGUCUGCUUUCUGAGCCAUUAUGUCACACAUUCUCAAACCCGGAAAGAGUUAAUGAGAAAUUUGAGUCGGGUACUUGCAGCAAAAUGGAGAAAGUGUGUGACAGCACAGUGAUCAGAGCCAGAGGAUUGCCGUGGCAGUCCUCAGAUCAGGACAUCGCCAAGUUUUUCAGUGGACUAAAUAUUGCCAAAGGAGGGGCUGCCCUAUGCCUUAAUGCUCAGGGGAGGAGGAAUGGUGAGGCCCUUGUUCGUUUUGUCAGUGAAGAACAUCGAGACUUGGCUCUGCAAAGACAUAAACAUCAUAUGGGCAACAGAUACAUCGAGGUUUACAAGGCAACUGGGGAAGAUUUUCUGAAAAUAGCAGGAGGUACAUCCAAUGAAGUAGCCACAUUCCUAUCCCGUGAGGACCAGAUCAUUGUUAGAAUGCGGGGUCUUCCUUUCACGGCCACGCACGAGCAAGUCCUUGCCUUUUUCUCACCGGAGGACGGACUCAAAGAUACGUGUCCGGUCAGCGGGGGAAAGGAUGGCAUCUUGUUUGUCCGCUACCCUGACGGUCGACCCACCGGCGACGCCUUUGUUUUAUUCGCCUGCGAUGAACAUGCCCAGUGUGCACUCAGGAAACACAAGGAGAUCCUCGGGAGGAGGUAUAUCGAGUUAUUCAAGAGCACGGCAGCAGAAGUCCAGCAGGUGUUAAACCGGUACUCGUCUGCCCCCCUGAUCUCUGUGGCCCCCGCCCCUUUGCUAUCAGUUUUGCCCACAGUGUCUCUCCUUCCCCCUCCCAUCAUCGUGAGAGACUGCUUAAGACUGCGAGGCUUGCCCUACUCUGCGAGCAUUGAGGACAUCCUCACCUUCCUGGGUGACUUCACCCACGACGUCCGACCGCAUGGCGUGCAUAUGGUCCUCAAUCAGCAGGGUCGUCCAUCAGGCGACUGCUUUAUCCAGAUGACAUCAGCAGAGCGAGCACUUUCGGCCUCCCAGCAACUCCACAAGCAUGUGAUGUCCUGUCAGCACGGGCCCAACAGCCGCUACGUGGAGGUGUUCCCCUGCAGCGCCGAGGAGAUGGGCCUAGUGCUAAUGGGAGGCUCGCUCUCACACAUGCACACACACACACACAGCCGGAACAGGAGUGGGACAGGGCUCAGCCCGCCGCCAUGUAAGUCCAGACGUUUAUCUCCACCGUCCUACGCCUUCACGCCCACCCCACCCGUUCUGCCUGCUGAGGCUGCCGCCGCCCUCUACCCUCCGCUCGGUCAGGUUUUGCUAGCUCCUCGCCCUUUGCACCCUGGGCAUGCAUAUUACCCGUCCUCUGCGCAGCUCUAUAUGAACUACACAGCCUACUAUCCGAGCCCACCUGGCUCUCCCACUACUAUGGGUUUCUUCCCCUCACCCUCUACUCACUCCUCCCCCGGGGGCUUGAUGCGCAUGCCUGGUCUCACCUACAACAGCAAAGACAUCAUUAACGCGGUACAGGGCUAUCAGACUGCAAUGGAGCCGGUCUCCGUCCUGAGCAGCAGCCUGAUCGGCCAAGCGGGUGCAGGCGAGCCGCCCAUGGUGUCCCUCCCUGGCAUGAUGACCAAGCCGUCCGGACACUAUCUGGACCUGAGCCUCCUCUGAGCAGCCAGUGCACACAUGUAUUGUUAGCUUUUUCAAAGUAGUCUUAUUUAUAUCUUCAAAAAAAGCCACAAUUCUAUUUUAUACCAUGUAUGGCCUUAGCCAAAAAACCAGAUUGUCUUUUAUUAUUGCACAAUGUGUAUCUCUUAAAAAGCUUUGUAGUUUUUUUUAAUAUGUGUUACAUUAUUUGAAAUCAUCACUGUUAUAUAUACACAGUAUAUUUGAUAGCCAAGUAGUAAGAAUGAUUUUGUAGCGAGUGCUCAAUGUUUCAAGCUUUGCCUUCAAGAGAGGAUGUGCGUGCGUGUGUGUGUGUACCGUAAAUCUAUUGUAUGAGAGCACUGCAUAUUUUGUGUUUUGACAAAGCAGCAUUAAGGCCAUACUGAAAAAAAAAAUACAAAUAAAAAUUUAAGAAUAAAACAAUAUGAGAAAAGAAAACUGCUGAGGGGAAUAUUAUUACAUGGAAGGUUUGUGUGAAAUCGGCAACAAGUUGAAUCUGAUCGUAAUUUGAGCACAAUGCUUAAUUCUCUACUCAAAUUAGAAUGUGACAAUCUGAUGCCCAACAUACAUUCCUUGAGUGGUAUCAUGACAUAUUUCUCUGAAUAAGAUGACUUCAUUUGAUUAUGAUCAUUUUUGUUCCUUUUCAGUGUGGCCCUUACACUCUUUGUUGUUCAUGUUUUUAUUGCUAAUGUGUUUGUGUAAUAUAAAUGACGUGUUUGUAUCUACUACCAGUACGCUGAUUGUAUUGGAAGCUUUAGUGCAUGAAGAAGUUAGCAGUGAAACCUUCCGAUGUUUACAAAGGAGCCGACUCCGAUGCACUGCUAACCACCGACCGCAUAUACUGUACGUAAGGGCAUGUUUGAAUGCCGAUUUAUGUUACAUUCACUUACAUUUGAGAUGCUGAGAAUGACAGUGGAUCAAAUCCCUCUGAUUUACCAUGACUUCUUUUCAAAGCUUAAUGCAGUAGUGGUCUAAGUCCGAACAUCUGUCAAAUGGUUCAAUAUUUUGUCAAAAAUGAUAAACCAAAUCAUGAUUUAGAGCAGUAUUUGUUUGAAAGAUGACUUUUCUCCGAUCAUUUCUGCACUUAUCUUAGAAAUGAUGCAAAUGGAGUUCGCUCACUCGAAUUCUCAGUGACUCAAGUUUUCAAAUUACCCAACAUGGUUUGUUGCCAAUGCUGUUGUGCCUUUUGUUGGGGAUUAAAGCAGAGCUUCAGUUUUCUGUAACCUUAGUGCACGGUUACAUUCUCCAAGAGGAUUUCUGUUUCCAAAGCGAAGCUCUUAAAAAAAAAAAAAAUCCAUUUGAAUAUUCUUCAACAAAAGCCACUGAUUAAGCAUAAGGUGCAGUUCAAUUACAUUCUGAAGUCUUGUUCUUCUUGUAUGUGGUUAGGACUGAAAGGUCCUGCUGAACAAUAAACUUUUUACGACAUUUGCA